AUCACACCUCGCCGCGAUGCCUCCCUCGUCGAACACUCCCCACCACCCGCUGCGGCGCAUCUCCACGGGAUCGCUGUCCUCUCUGGCUCGCUCAACCGACCGGGCAAACUCCUCCCCAUCCGGCCUCGACUUUCUGCUGCCCGCCCUAACAGACUUGUCAGACGAGGCUGCUACCUUGGCCACCAAUACCUCACAAAUGACCGCACUCCAUGAUGCUCUUGGUACAUUCAACGAAGCUUUUGCGGGCUACCUGUAUACGCUCAAGAUGAACGCUUUUUGUGUUGAAUGGCCAGAGGCGCCAAACGAGCUGAGUUUCCAGCGGGCAGAGUCAUUAAAGGAGCCCAUUGCCCCGCCCCCAUCAGUAUCUGCGAUGCCUCCCACUCCUCAAUCUAGGCCUUCACAGUCCAGUUCGCGCUCAGAGACGCAAGCUUCCGCGAAUGCUGCAGACAUGACAUACAUGACAACGCAUUCGGACAACUCUAUGGAACAGACGCCCCCCGCAAGGCCAAAGUCCAGGGUGGGUGCAGGUGCAGGUGCAGGCGUGAAGAAGGCUCCAACCGGGGCAGCUGGCAAGAAGCCUACAGGGGCUCUCAAAAAGAAGCGCGAACUGGAAGUGUCAGGCAUCAUUGACACGCUUCCUUUGGAGUAUCGAGGAGGCAACCCUACUGAGAGAUUGCGAAUGGAGAAGGUCAUCAUGAAGCUGAUGGAUAACCCGGAGGGCGUCUCUUUGAAAGAUAUGGUGGCACCUCCUGACAUGCCGCAGGCUAGGGUCAACAAGUGUCUCAUAACGUUGGUAGCAAAGAAGCUGGUAUCGAAGCCUGUCAUAGGGAAAGUCACGGUGUACAAAUGGGUUGGAAUAUAGAAGGCAGUUGGAGAGGCAAAAUUUUGUACAACACUCGGCGGUCGAGGCUCUGUAGUCGGGAAAUCUACCGAUGGCCAAGAUACCAGCUAUCUGUUGAUCCACAUGAGAUGUACCGUGUCAC